UUCAUUUUUCACUCCCAACAUUUCCCCUCUACAUCCUAAACAUACACAGAUACACAGAUCCAAUAGCAAGAAGCGAAAAUGUUGGCUGGGGAGCUCAACCACCACCUACCCUCUCCCUCCUUUGUCCAACAAACCAUUUUAAUGUCUCCAUCAAUUAAUUCAUUUCCCCCAUUUUUCCUCCCCCACAUUUCCCUCCAUUCCACAUACUCUGCCCCACACCUCCCACUUAAAACCUUCCUCCCCUGCUCCGCCAUGGCUUCCCCUCCCCCAUUCCGGAAAUGCCAUCAUGCUUCCUUUUGAAGUAAAAAGAGCCGCCGCCGGAUCUGCGUCUGCGGAGGCCGCGUCCGCCAUGGUCGGCCGGCUGCUCAACGAGCUGGUCAGCUUCGUCGUCUUCACCGCCCUCGACCUCCUCGAUGCUCUGCUCUGCCUGGUUUUCAAGCUGGCCGAUUACGCCUUCGAGUCCAAAUGGAAACCUUGCUACUGCUCCUCCUCCGCCCGCGACAUGAUCGCCAGCACCGGAAACAUCCUCAUCUCCGAAAGCGGCAAGUCCAAAAUAUUCUUCCUUUCUUCCACCAAGCUCUAUCUGGAGGAGAUCUCCGAUACCCUGUACGCGCGCCCGCCGCUCCUGUUCGAUCUAUCGCGUUCCACCAUUACUGAUCUUCGGAGCCUCGGUUUCUUUCGGAAGAGGGUGGGGGGAAGGAGCACCACUGCUCUGACCAUCAACUCCGCCAUUGUGGAGAUGCUGCAGGGGAAGAUCGGCGGGAAGGAGACGCAGCCGGUGCCGCGCUGGGCGCCUGCCAGGUGCUCCGGCUGGUGCUUCGGUUCUGCUUCUGCGCGUCUGCUGCUGCACGUACACGCGCAGUGUCCUCCAGAUGGUGCGGCGGUGGAGGAUGUGGUGUUCAUCCAUGGAUUCAUAUCUUCGUCGGCGUUUUGGACGGAGACGGUGUUCCCCAACUUCUCGGAGAAGGCGAAAUCGAGGUACAGGUUCUUCGCCAUGGAUCUGCUCGGAUUUGGGAGGAGCCCUAAGCCGGCGGACUCGCUGUACACGCUCCGGGAACACGUGGAGAUGAUCGAGCGGUCAGUUUUGCAGCGGCAUGGGGUGCGGGCCGUCCACAUCGUCGCUCACUCCCUCGGAUCCAUUCUCGCCCUCGCUCUUGCCGUCAGGCACCCCGACGCCGUUAAGUCCCUCACGCUUCUCGCCCCGCCCUAUUUUCCAGUUCCGAAGGGGGAGCAGGGAACGCAAUACGUGCUGAGACGGGUGGCGCAGCGGCGGGGGGGGGCGGCCGCAGCAGCUGGAGGCGGCGCCUGUUGGUACGAGCACAUCAGCCGCACGGUUAGCCUCCUCAUGUGCAAGCACCACCGCUUUUGGGAGUUCAUCUUCCGCUUCCUUACUCUCAACAGGAUAAGGACGUUUCUGAUGGAGGGGUUCUUCUGCCACACGCACAACGCCGCAUGGCACACGCUGCACAACAUCAUCUGCGGGACGGCGGGGAAGAUCGAGGGGUACUUGGAUGAAGUGAGGGACAGGAUGCCGUCGUGCGACGUAACCAUACUCCACGGCUUGGACGACGACCUGCUGCCCGUCAGCUGCAGCGCCGCGGUUAAGUCGAGGAUACCGCGUGCCGAUCUCCGGGUGAUCGACGGCAAGGAUCACAUCACCAUCGUGGUCGGCCGGCAGAAGGCCUUCGCGCGGGAGCUAGAGCUGAUCUGGGAGGCCGCGAAUCUCAAAGCGAAGUGAAAUUUUUCGAAAAGGCCCCCAUCUUUUUUUCUUUUUAUAUUUUGAUUUUGUUCCGCCGAUUGAGAAGUCUAUUCUUUGGUGUGGUGGAUGCGGGCAGAUAAAUUAGAUCGCCGGAAAAAAAAGGUUUACAUGGUAGUAAAUUAUUUGUACUGUUGGUCCACCUGCUCUCCAUCUUCUGGGCUUUUCUUUUUG